AACUCUCAAGAGAAAAAACCAUAAGAAUAAUUUAAGAGAAAAAUGAAUCGCAGAAGUGCGUUCGCCGUUGCACUGAUUUGCAUUCUAGUAGCUGGUGUCAGCGCCCAAGCUCCGGGAGCCGCUCCCACUAAAGCUCCGCCGGCAGCGACUACGCCAGCUAGUGCUCCCGCCACCGCUCCCGUGAGUAAACCUAAAACUUCCGCUCCAACCGCUGCUCCUACUACUUCUCCACCAACUUCUUCAUCACCUGCUUCAUUGCCACCGGCUGCAGCUCCGAAGAAGUCCGCAGCGACUCCGGCUCCAUCUAAAUCUGCUCCGGCUUCUUCACCACCGGCUGCUACACCAGAAAGUUCUCCACAGGCUCCAGUCCCUGUGAGCUCUCCUCCAGCCAAAUCUCCCCCGGCUGCUGCACCGACAACUCCCCCAGAGAGCUCCGCCUCUCCUCCUGCUCCUGUUGCGGCACCAACCGCAGCUGAGGUUCCUGCACCUGCUCCAAGCAAGAAGUCCAAGAAACGCAAUGCACCCGCACCUUCACCUGAUCUACUUGGACCUCCAGCUCCACCUACUGGAGCUCCCGGACCUAGCCUCGGCGCUUCCUCUCCCGGCCCUUCUGUCGCUGCGGAUGAGAGUGGAGCAGAGACAAUGAAGAGCGUGCAGAAGACAAUAGGAGGAUUGGCGUUGGGAUGGGCGGCGGCCCUUGCAUUGAUCUUCUAGAGAGAGAGAGAUUUGAAUCUGUGCUGCUUUAUCUUUGUUUUAUUUAUUUAUUUAUUUAUUUUUCUUUUUUAAAAGUCGAAAAGAAAUAAAUGAUUAAAAACAGAAAUAAAGCGGCACUCUGACAUGUGAGAUAGCUGUGUGGUUUUACUCUGCCACGUUUGCUUUGCAAUUCUUUGGGGAAAGUUUUGAGUUUUCUUGGUUU